AUGGUGAACACUAAUGCAAGAAAUGUAGAUGAGUCAGAAUCUUCUAAUGCCAGAAUAGAUCGGUUAGAAAGAAUGGUGGAAGCUUUAACUAGGUUGGUGAGACAACAGCAAGAGCAAAACCAACAACAACAGAGACAACCAUUUCCGCCUCCUCCACCACCACCUGUGCAAAUGGAACCGAUUAAUAAUGAUGAUGUUAUCACCUUGACACAGAAAUACAAGAAACUGAAACCACCAGAAUUUGCAGGGGGAAUUGAACCAUUAAAAGCGGAAGCAUGGGUAUUAGAAACUGAAAAGAUUUUUGAAGUGUUUCCGUGUACAGAUGUCUAUAAAGUUUUGUUAGCAACAUUUGCUCUGACAGAAGAAGCUCGAAGAUGGUGGAUGCUCGUACGAGGUGAGAAUAGGGACUUAACAUGGGAUCGAUUCAAAGAGACGUUUUAUGAAAAAUAUUUUCCACAAUGUAUGCGAGAUAGGAAGAUAUCUGAAUUUGAACAGUUGAAGCAAGGCACUUUGUCAGUAGCGGAAUAUGAGAGUAAAUUUACUGAAUUAGCCCGUUAUGCUCCUCAUAUGGUUGAUACAAAUUACAAGAAGGCAAGGAAGUUUGAGGGUGGAUUGCAUGUUGAGGUGCUUGACCGGGUGAAUGUUUUGAAAUUAGAAAAAUAUAUUGAUGUACUUUACAGAGCCUUGAUGGCUGAAACAAAUAUUACGGCUUUGAAGACAUCUAAAUUAACAACCAUGACUGAAGCGGAAAGUAAGAAAUUCAAGAAACAGAAAGUGGAAACAAUUAGUGAAUCAGUGGCCUCCGUGAAUGAAAAUUUGAACUCAAGUUUUAGUGAUAAUACAACAAAGGGCAGUAAUGGAAGUGUAGGUAGACCUACUUGUAGGGAAUGUGGAAAGCAACAUUGGGGUACUUGUCGCCGUGGAACUGGAGUCUGUUUCAAAUGUGGACAAAAAGGACAUAUAGCUAAAGCUUGUCCACAAGUUUACUCAAGAAAUGAAAGACCCAUUGCUAGUGGAGUUAACUCAACAAUGACACCAAAGACAACCGUAACAUCUACUCCUGAAGGGAAUACAUUGAGGCAAGGAAGGGUUUUCACCCUAGUUUCAGAAAAGACACAGAAUAUUGGAAAAGCGAAUACAGGUCAGGAGGCAAAGACCGUGCAACCGGUUUUGGAAACCCACUGUGAGUAA